ACACCUGGCACUAGUAGGUCGCGCGAGCCGUUGGGUGGAGCAGCAGCAGCAGCGUCGCGUGCUGCGGAACACACUCAGCGGGACGGUCGCAGAUGCAGGUCGCGGACGAGUGUGCGCGCGCGAGGCGGGGGGAAAUGGCGAGCGAGCGGCAGUGCGCCUCCUCGUGAGGAGACAGUAGGCACCGGGAACCGGGGGACAGGCAGCUCGAGGACAAGGAGACGGGAGAAGCAGCCAUGGAGGACUCUGAGCCCGCAGAGGACGGCUUGCUCGCGGGCUUGCGCUGGAACCGGAGCGCACGGGACCAGGCUCAGCUCAGGCACAAAAUCCGGGACCUGCCGGGGCUACUCAAGCACGGACUGCACCUGCGGAAAAAGAGCCAGUCACCUGACACUAUCCCUGGACCGAGUACCGGACCUACAGUACACAAGUCUUGCUCCCAGAGUUUUCCAUGUGGCGGUCGGGCCGUGAGGAAUGCCUUCCUCUCUCAUGGACCAUACCCAGCUAAAGACAAGAUACACCUGGCCAGAAUCAUAAGGCGUAGCUACGUGGGCGUGGAACUGGUGCAGUGGUUGUGCGAGCAGUGUGUGUACGUGCGCUGUCGGACUACUGCUGUGCGUGUCUGGCAGGUGCUGCUGGAGCUUGGAGUCCUGCUGUCUGUGGAUCAGCGGGUGGUGUUCUCGGACUCAAACUCAUACUACCAGUUCAGCUUUGAGGAGUGUGAUUCUGCCGCUUGUGAGUUUCGCUCCAAUGAGGGGGAGUGGCCAGAGGCUGUCAGGCUCCUCCUGCAACUUGCCCCAUAUGUCCAGUUUCGCUCUGGAGGCGGGGCCAAUAGCCCGUCAGAGGAAGACUCUGAAGGCAACAGGGACAUCUGCAGUGAGAUUCUGCAGAUGAAAGCUCUCGAGAGGCUCACAUCCACGGUACAAAGUGAGUUGGCGGCCGCUCUCGCUCGAAAGACUCGCAAAGCUUUAUCAGAGCAGGACUCUGAGACGACAGAGACGAACCAACAGGAGCCUCGCACACCCAGUGAGGAGAGCAGCCCGCUGGGCGGGGUGUGUGCAUUGCGGGACGGUGGCAGCAGUGGCAGCGGCAGCGGAGGUAUGGGGACUGUGUGCGGCCGCGAGGAGCUGACCAGUCGGCUCGGGCUGGAGGCCGUUCAGCGUCUGGCCAAGGAUGGCUGUCGGCUGCUGCAGAACCACAACUACCGGCUGCCCGACAGGAACCAGGCCGAAGCACUGGGACGAGUGUGUCUGAAGGAGCGAGGUCGGGACGUGUUGGUGUUGCGAAGAGUGACAUCUACAGUGACGUCUCCAUCGGACCGGCCCUCACCCACGUUGUCAGGGGGCGGUUCCAGGGAGGAGGAUUGCGACAAGAGGUAUGUGGUGGUUUCGGGAACGCCACUCAAAAUCUUGGAGCAUAUACUAAGUGACCUGCGGUUGGAUGACCAAAGAGGGGUGUCAGAGAGCAGAGAGAGCGAAUUGUUGCUGGAUGACUUCCUGUUGACCUACCUGGUGUUCAUGUCCACCAGUGACCUCUGUCAGGCUCUUCUGGGACACUAUAGCAGCGCCCGCUGCAGGGGUCAGGAGGAGGGCAAGGACGCUCUCUUUAGGAAACGUAAGGUACUGCAGCUGGUGUCCCAUUGGAGCAGGCUUUACAAGGACUUCCUCAAGGAUGAGGAGCACGUCAGGAGCUUUAUGAAGACUCUGUACAGGUGUGUUUUAGAAGACGUGUAUGAGUUCCCUACACUGGAGAAAGAUCUGAAGGAGUUCCAGAAGCUCCUGCGUCGGAGACACACUGUGGAUGACUGUCCUCCCAACCAAAAGAGUAAACAAAUGUAUCAGCAGCUGAGUUUGAAGGAAAACAGUUUGCACCUCAGAAGUCCACAGACAGACACCAGAGAGGUCAUUUGUUGCGUGUACGUGAGCGCUGACUCCUACCUGAGUGUCCACACGCACCCGUCACUGGAGGCCCAUGAGCUGCUGAGGAUCAUUGGUCAGAAGAUGGACAGAGCAGAAGAAGAGAUGGUGCUCGCAGUGGUUUCACAAACCGGAGAGCGGAGGGUGUUACUGCCCAGUGACUGUGUGUAUUCAGAGUCUCUGACCCCACAGGGAAAGCUUGUUGCCUGUCGCAGGGAUCUCACUGAGAUCUUGCCUCCUCUAACAGACAGUGGUGAGCUCAGCAGGAGGCCCGUACGACUCUUAGGCAUCAACACCUGGGACGUGGCGGCUGCUCUAACACACCUGGACUGGAGCCUCUUCAAAUCCAUCCACGAGCAGGAGCUGGUGUACUACACCCUCAGCCGUGCUCCUGGAUCCGGCCACACGACAGCGCUCUCACUCCUUCUCCAGCGCUGCAACGAGGUCCAGCAGUGGGUCAUGUCCGAGGUGCUCAUGUGUGUCUCUCUAAACAAGAGAGUGCAGCUGCUGAAGAAGUUUAUCAAGAUCGCUGCUCAUUGCAAAGCCCAAAGAAAUUUGAACUCUGCAUUUGCCAUCAUCAUGGGUCUCAACACCGCAGCUGUCAGCAGACUCAACCAAACCUGGGAGAAAUGUCCAGGGAAGUUCAAGAAGCUUUUCUCAGAGUUGGAGCUCAUCACGGAUCCGUCUCUGAACCACAAAGCCUACAGGGAAUCCUUCAAGAGGAUGAAACCUCCCAAGAUCCCUUUUAUGCCUCUUCUCCUGAAAGAUAUCACCUUUAUCCACGAGGGAAAUAAGACGUUCCAUGACAACCUGGUCAACUUUGAGAAGCUGCAUAUGAUCGCAGACACCGUGAGGAUGAUUCGCCACUGCCAGAGCGACCAACCAGGCAACGAGGUAAUCGGGGUGGACAGUGCGGAGGUGAGGGCGAGCGUUAACUACCUGCACAUCAUCGACAAUCAGCAGACUCUUUUCGAGCUGUCGCACAAACUGGAGCCACGUGCUUAAACACACAAACCCACUGGACACAGCGCCAUGGAGAUCCUAGCUUCUGUGACACGGAGGACACUUCUCAACACAAUGUCGCAUACUCGCGCACACACACACACACUGCUGCCAAGUGGUGAAACCCACAAAGACACAGAGCUGCACUCGGCUUUAAACACUGGACAUGUGCUUUUAAAGGAAUCGCACGCUUUGUUAAAUGUCUAUGGGAAGAGAAUCUGUGCAGCAGCGCAGAGAUUUGCCAAACUGAGAGAGACGGUAAAGGAGGCUGUAAUUAGUUUGUACAGUAUCUAUUGAACUGAAUAUGCCCUUGGUUUAGUUCUUGUGAUGAGCUUUUGGUUAUUUAUGAGCCUGUCCAGCAGGUGGAACGUUUCCUUUAAUUCUGUCAAAGUCUCGUCAGUUUCCUCUGGAGGUCAAAUAGGACGCGAGAGCCUCGUCAUCAUUUCAGUCACAAACGCUCUGUGGUUAUAACCUAACGGUGUCAUAUUAUUUAAUCUGCAUACCACGUAUCUGCCUCGUGAUGCAUGUAUACGCAGGAUACAUGCUGUAGUUAUGCAGGUGUAGGUUUGGUUAUUGUACUGUAGCAUAUUAUUCAACACCUUUUUUCACCUUUUCCCACUAAAGUUCUGCAUUUUGACUCAAAACGUGCAGCUUCAGUGACAAAAGGUGCAACAUUAACGGCGUGUCAUUCCUGGCCUGUGAAUGGAGCGUUGUGAGAGGUUUCCACUGACUGACCCGUGAGGUUUGAAACCCCGAAGCUCUCCUGAACGUCUCACAAACACUGUUGAUGGAUACUGAAUAGUUGAAUCGUUGUAAAGUCCUGGUUGACUUUUAACACUCCUCGUGCUCUCUGCUCUGUGAUGUUUUUUUUUCUGUGAAUAGAUAAUUAUUUUACAUUGUAUAUAAUAUGGACCUAUACAUUUUUCAGUGCCAAAUGUCACGUUGAGUCCUGCAGCACAGAUGUGACGUUGAAAUCUUUUUUUUUAAUCACAGAUUUGUUUAUUUUUGAGUGAGCUCUGAAAUGACGUCUGGUCCUGGAUCAUGUGAAGCAGAUCUGACUCCUUGUAGAGAUGCUUUCUGACAUUAUGAUGACUGAUUUCAAGUUGUAUAUGAUGGUAUUCCUCACAUCAUGGGUUGCUAUGGAAAUACAGCCCCAGUAGUUAAAGUCAAAGCACUGCACCACAGUUAAGAAAUAGCUUUAUUCCACAAAAUCGUGUUCAUGAGCAGAUUCUAACCUUUUACUAUUUGUUCUUACUGACUGAAAAGAUCACUUCAUUCAGAAGGGAUCAUGUGUAAACUGUCUGAAAAGUAACACAGGUUGUGGACAUUAUACAUGAAGCACAAGGGCACAUACUUUCUCCCUUUGUAGUAAGAAUGUCUGGUGGGGAAUUUUACAGCUUUGGUUCAUCCACUGAUUUUUCAAAACUUCUAAAGUUCUUAUAAUUAAAUAAAUAUUGGGGAGAAAAAUUCUCCUUUCUGAAUCCAGUAAGUUCUCAUAUUCUGGAAACGUAUUCAUGUUGACACAUCCACGACUUGUGAAAAGCUUCUAUUUGUCGUUCGAAUCCCAGAGGAACCAGUUUGUCUUGUAAAUAUAAUUAUAACCCUGCCUCACUGUCAUCAUCGGAACCAAAAUGCAGCAGGAGAUGAGGGGGAUCACUCUCCAGACCCAUGAGCAGACCUCACUUGUGUUUGCAUUAUUUUGUCCUCGCCCUGCGUCUGUUCAUGCCGUCACUUCAGUGGUGCAUUUCUGCUCAGUUGGAGGAACCAUCCGAGGUUGAGAUUCCUAAGUGUAACGUACGUGGUGAUGCAUGUCUUGCAUUGUUUAGAUAGCUAUGAAGCAUGGGGGUAAAGUGCAAUACAGUAGAAAUGUUUGUUGCCACAAGUGUUCAUCAUCACCAUCAUUUCAAAACGAAGCCUUGUUGAGAACACAUAGCUGCUCUCUCCUGCAGACCAUGAUGAUUCAGCUGGGUAAAGGAAAAUCUGAAUUUGAAAAAAAAUUCUUUGGUUCAGUUCAAGAAUCGAUCCAGAUUUUUAUAUGGAUCGGCAUCAAAUUGCACACAAUACCCCCUAAACAUGUCCGAUUUUUUUUUUUUUGUCAAGAACCAUUAAUUAUUCUCUGUGAAAUCAAUGAGAAUGUAAAAAAAGAUCCUGGAUCUGCCCCCUGAUCCAGAACCAAAAUUGAAUGGGCUCUACCGUGACCUUUACCACAUCGCUGCACCAAUUUUUGUGGUAAUCCUUCCAGUAGUUUUUGGGGCAAUCUUGCUAACAAACAAACAAACAAACGUGAAAACAUAACCUCCAUGGCGGAGGUAAUUAUAAAAGUGAUCACAAGGGGAAGACUCACCUUAAACUUAAUUUUAUGUCAUGCUAUGUAACCACGUAGAUAUAUUUAAAAUCUAAAAUACUACAGACAUUAUCAUCCAGGAAGUGUUGCCUGAUAUUACACGUGAGUCUUGAGAUAAUUUCCUUCCAGUUAUUGACGUCCACAAAUGCUACAUUAACAAUUUAAGAAAAUUUGAAUAAUAUUCAAAUGAUAAUAUUCAAUUUGAAAUUAUAUUCAAAUAGACCAAUGCAAUCUAUUUCUAUUUAUAUACAAACAAGCCAGUAGCCAGUCAGAUUUACCUUUAGCCUCAGCGUACCCUCAAGUUCGGCCUGUAUCAUUGAUUACGAGGCCAAAACACUUGAUGAUGCAAACAUGCACAACUGAAGUGGGACAUCCCGAACAUCCGCUGGUGGCUGCUAACACCUGCUAACAUCUACUGGUAGUUGGUAACUUAAAUUGUGCAGAAGACCUUCAAACGUACAAGGGAUAUUCACCAUCUUGUCCUGUAUUCUAAAAAACUACUGGUCACACCAGACCAAAUGCAGCAGUAGCAGCAAAACUCCAGCGUGUUCUAACUUCGGCAACAAUUGAGUUUUAUUCAGCUUUUUAAUUGUGAGAGACGCUUGUUAUUUCUUCUUUUUAAAGUCAAAUUUCCAAGAUGCUUUUUGUGAAACCAAGUCAGUGAUUUGUGAUUCGGCUGCGAGAGCUGAUAAGUCAGAGCUGUGGUUUCGUCGUAUUCAGCGUCAUAGAGAGGCCUUGUGGUCGUCAUAUUUACUAUUAACCAUGACACACGUGCACAGGCACAACUCUGCUCCACCUCGUCCACGGAGCAGAACAAUUGUGCUGAAUGAGUAAUUUAUUGUAAUAUAUUGUUUAUUUAUGUAUUUUAAAGUUGACAAUAUUUCGGGUUUAUGUGCCUGAGGUUUAACACGUGCACACACAUCAGAUCAAAAAGGUGUUUGUGGGUUUGAAGCUGCACUGCUGGAAUGUAAAAGUAUGUGUUGUGUUUUAUGGCCACUUGAGGGCAGCAGAGGAGCAAGUUGGUGUGAUGACGUUUGAGAAAACCACAGGAGGUUGUAUUCAGUAUUUUAUCAUUGUCAUAACUGUGUAAAACAUUUUUUAUAACAAUGUUUAAAUUCUGUUUGCAUGUUAAAAGAAAAACACAAAGUUCACAAUGCAAGACAGGACACAUUGAAGGCUUUGUACUAUUGUAAUAUUGUCUAUGUGUAAAUAUACGCCUACAGUUGUUAUGUUGUUAUUACUUAUCUGUUGUAAAUGGAAACCAAAAGAGUCAACAAUGAAGCAAUACGUCUCCCCCUCGUGACCCCUCAGCCUUCAGAUAGCUGGAGCUACCCGUCUUUUCUAAAGCUUCGUUUUACUAUGUGAACAUUUUACUGAAAAUGAAUAAACUAUAGGUUUUAUGUGA